CCCUUGCCAUACAAAUAAAAACCUAGAGAGUAGCAAUGGCAGAAGGAACAAAGAUGAAGAGCACAAAAGCAAGUUAUUGGUCUGAUCUUCCGUCGGACAUUUUAGCUUCGAUUAUCAAACUUCUCGAGGUUCCGAUUGAUAUUAUUCGUUUUCGCAGCGUUUGCCGAUCAUGGCGGAAUUCAAUCUCCUACAGCAGGGAGGAUCAUAUUGUUUUUCCUCUUAAAACCCCUUUCAACAAAAAUCUUUAUCCGCACAUUUCUUCUACUUCCUCUAUCCCUCGGAAUGAAUUUCUCCAAUUUUAUCCAACCUCUACCUAUCUUGUAAAACCACAAUAUGAUGAUUCAAGAACCGCUUUCUUGGUUAAAGUUGAACAUCGUCAUUUAGGGCAACACAAAGCACGGGUUUUAAAUCUUCGCUCGCGGGAAGAAGAUAUUAACGGUAAUAAGGUAAUUGAUUCGAGGAAUUAUCAUGUAUCCGAACUAUGCAAAAUGUAUACAUGCAAAUUCUUUUGCGAUGCGAGUUCUGUUGAUUUGAAUGCUACGGGCGUAAUCAAAAAAGUAAUUAUUUAUCCGGAUGAUGUUUGGACUAGGAAAGAAGAUUGCGUGGUGUUUAUUACGAAUGUAAGUAAAAAGUUGGACUAUUGGAAAUUCGGGGACGACAAAUGGACGACGAUACUCAAUGUAGAGUUUGGAGAUAUGAUUCUUCAUAAUGGAAAAGUGUAUGUUUUUGAUUGCAUGACCGGUCAUCUUUGGAUCAUUGAAGUUUCUUCAACCAAGGUUAUUUCGCUAAUGAAAGCUACCAAAAUUGCAUUGAAUCGAAGUUGUCGAUUCAAUUGUGAUUUACUGAAGUCGCGCGGAGAUCUUUAUUUAGUCGAACCAUUUUAUUGUAAAGAAGGCCUCGAUAAAUAUCAAGUUUAUAAACUAAAUGAGACACUACGUCAGAAAUGGGAGAGCGUGGUACGCAUCGGUGGUGAUAGGGCUUUCGUCCUUGGUUCUCGAGAUACUUCUUCAUUCUCCGUUUCAACUGAAAAUCUCGUGAGAGUUACAGGAAAUAGGAUAUAUUACACGGAUAAUUGUCGUUUAUAUAUUCGUAACUAUGUCUCUAACUAUAUGGAAGGAAUUGUAGUGGGUCCGAGACCGCGGGAAUAAACGAACCUUCAUGCCCAAUAAAUUUUGUAAAUGCCACGCAUCAGCAAAUUACUUUUUAUUUCUUGCCUGAUUAUAGUUUUUUAUUUUUUUUGUUGCUAAUUUUCUUAGCAUACUUUGUUUUUACGUUUUGUAUUUGGACAAUAGAUGUUAUAAUGUUGUUUAUUGUGGGUUUUAACUAAUUUUCAAAUUGAUGUGGGGAGCAAUUGUGGUAGCCUUUUUUCUGUACAUU